AUGUCCAUGACUAGCCCGCAAUGUCAGGCAAACGAUACCGCACUGCUUACCAGCUUGGCAUAUUGCAUGAAGGAGCACUGCCCGGCGGAUGUGACAGCGGCAGACAUCGAAGAUUAUUGGGGAUCCCGAAUGCUGGACACCACCGGAACGGUCCAGGCCAAGUGGACGUACGGCGAGGCUUUGGCACAGGUGACGGAACCACCAACUGCGGUUUUCAAUUCGAGCUCCGAGGAUGUGUUAAACCAGACUGUCUUGGCGCCGAAGAGCACGUACGAGGUGAACAAUCGGUUCAACAUCUUGUUCGAUCAUCUUGAGGCGCUGCAAGCAAGAUACGCGUUUGUCAUCAUCACGAUCGGAUUCGGCACUCCAAUCCUCUUCUCGCUCCUCCACUUCCUGCCGUGCACGACCAAUCUCCUCGACAAGUUCAAGCCGUACAUUGUGUAUCCGUCGUUGAUUGGGACAUAUCGUAUGCGAUCACUGCCUUGGCUUCUUGGAAACGCCCCCACAGCCGGCCAGGCAUUGUGGAUAUUCAUGUUCUUCGCGAUCAAUCUUGUGCUGAGCUGUGUCAAUUAUCGCACCAUGCCUGAGGGAACCAUGCCAUGGGGAUUCACCAAGCGGGAGGAACUCUUGGCCUACAUUGGGUAUCGCACUGGACAUUUCGGAUAUAUGCUACUGCCGCUUGUCAUUCUCUUCUCCAGCCGCAAUAAUGUGCUCUUGUGGGUGACGAGCUGGUCAUAUGAGACUUACCUGUUGCUGCAUCGCUGGGUCGCACGUUUAUUCACGCUGUAUGCAAUCAUCCACAGCGUUACACUGUUGGGCACUUACACUGGGUCGGGAAGCUAUCCUACUGCGUCAAAGGAACCGUAUUGGCUGUGGGGCAUUGUGGCCACUGUCUUGAGCUGUGCGAUGCUUGUCUUCAGCAUGCUCUGGUUUCGCCAGAAGAGUUACGAGCUCUUUCUGAUCGGCCAUAUCGUCAUGGCCGUCUUCGUUCUCGCCGGCUGCUGGUACCACGUCAUCCUCAAAUGGGGCUACAACUUCUACGACAAUUGGCUCUACGCCGCCAUGGCCGUUUGGGGGUUUGAUCGUCUCAUGCGCCUUCUUCGUCUCCUCAAGAAUGGUGUCAAGCAUGCCACAGUAACAGAGAUCGACAAGAAUCAUGUCCGUAUCGACAUUCCCGAUAUUCACUGGGAUCGACAACCAGGCAGCAUUGCCUUUGCCUAUUUCCCGCAACUCAACAAAUUACGCCCGUGGGAGAACCAUCCCUUUUCUGUCAACGCCACAAGCUCUUUUCAAACGCGCGACCAUGCCAUUGUCUCAUCGGGCAUCUCUUCAGACGGCAAUUCGUCCUCCUCCGCUCGCGGGACUGAUGAAGAGAAGACCAUUGGUGUCACUGUGUCGUCCAGCUAUGCUCCACCACCAGCUGCUGGCCUGACCUUCAUUGUCAAGAAGAGAGCCGGCCUGACCCAAUACCUCAAAUCCCACGCAAGCCUGCUCACUCUCAUAGAUGGGCCGUAUCCGCGCAAGAUCGAUGGUGCUGUGCUCGCCGCUGAUCACCUGCUGCUCGUCGGCGGCGGUAUCGGCAUUACAGGAUUGGUGGCAUGGAUCCAUGCGCAUCCGAACUUGAAACUCGCCUGGAGUGUGAGGAGCGAGGAUCAGCCGUUGGUCAGUGAACUUGAUGCUGUGCUGGAGGGUGUGGCGGAUAAACAGGUACUUGUUGGCGAGCGCAUUGAUGUUGCUCGACUGCUCAAGUCGACUGCGGCGAAGGGAUACAGUAAGGUCGGAGUCGUAGUUUGUGGGCCGGCCGGUAUGUGCGACGACGUGCGGAGCAAGGUCGCGAGGGUUGGUCGUGGUAGCGGGAGUGCGACAAUGUGGGAUUUGGAGGUCGAGGCUUUUUCGUGGUAG